AACAGUUUAAAGUAGCGAAGCAGGGGAAGAAGAUCAAAAUCUUGAACAUGGCCAGUGCAGAGCCCAUGGAGGUCGACAAACCUGACGACAUGAGACAAGAUCAAGAUGAAGCACACAUUGUUCUCUCAAUAAAGUGGAUAAAGUCUGAUGAUGAGCUACAAAAAGGGAAGAGGCUAGAGACUCGUCUAGAAAAAAUGCUUCAGACUUGGUUUAACAAAUGCAAACAUAAGGUGGACUGCUCAGUGGAAAGGAUGUUAAAAGACGGGCGUGUUGUGAUAAAGACUAAACCAGUUCCAGUCCUGACUGAGCUUCAGAAACUGAGUAAACAAACACUAACUGGGAAGGAUGGAAAUUCAGUCACCAUAACAUCCAUCAGUCUGACACUGCCAUCUCCAGAGCUCGAUGCACAAGUACCAGAGGAUGCUUCAAUGAACAUUCCCCCAUCUGUGCCAUAUCCACAAAUUGAUCAAGUUCAACUGGGAAAGCAAAGUAACGCAGGUUCAGCAGAUGGAGAACAAACAGGUGUUCCAGAGGAUGCUUCGACAAACCAUCCUCCAUUUGUGCCAGCUCCACAAACUGCGCACAUUCAACCAGGAAAGCAGAGUAACACAGGGUCUACAGCUGAAAAAGAUAGUGGCAUUUCCCCAAUGUCAGAGCCACAAACGGACCAAGUUCAGGUGGGGAAACAGAGUAGCACAGUUUCCGCAGGUGAAGAGAUGCACUCUUGUUCCGUCCCAGUGGGUCAUUUCUGGUAUGUGAACCACAUGUACGAAAAGGAAAUCAAACAUAUAGAAAAAAAGAACGGAGUUAAAAUCAUGGCAGAUGUGAAGGUGAGAUUUGAAGUAGACCAAAAACAUGGGAGACCAGACGGUGCUCUCGAUGAGUUUGCAAACCUCGUCCAGAAAAGCUUAGCUGAAUCCAAUGGCUCAGUUAUUCCUCUCAAGUUCAUAGAUCCAGAUCAGUGGGGCGAUGCACUGAAAACAAUCCAGGAAAAAGAAAACAAGCUUUUGGUUACUCUGACCUCUGAAACAAUGACUGUGCGUGGGCCAACACAAAGUCAAGAGGCCAUGAAAAAGUUAUUAAAUGCAGAUACAGAGCAGAAAAAAAGCAUAGAUACUUCUCAUGAAGAGAAUGAAAGAGAGACUCAAGACACAUCACUGAAGAUUGAGAUGACCACCAAAGACCAUCUCAUGCAUAUGGGACUAACGAUGGAGGAGAGCUACUGGAAGGUGAUGAUUACCUCUUACAGUAAGAAGGUAGCAAAGAUCAAAGAUAAGUUUAAUGUGGACCUGAAAGAAUCAGACAUUGGUCAAGGCAAAGUCAAUGUCAAAGCUGUAUACAAGAAAGAUGAAGGAAAUGCCUCCAUGGAGAGCCAUGCUAUGAGAGAGCUUUUCCAUUUGUAUCAGAAAACUGCCACAUCUCCCAUGAACUUCUCCCAGUCCAAUGCUGGAAUGUGGGGUUUCUCAUGGCUAUGGCAGUAAACUCAGUCUACUGUUUAAUGUCUUGUGUUAUUUGCAUGCUUACAGUAGAAUCUUUUUAUAAUUUUAUCAUGUUAUCAUGUAUCUUUGUAUUGUUUCUCUGAAACCUUUGCAAAAUAUCAGGCUGAACAAUGUUUGCUGAAAAAUGGAAACAUAAAAUAAACAAUUUUUUCAUGUUUGUUUUUGUAUGAAAUGACUUUGCCUUUAUUUUGUUUCUUCCUGCUUUUUAAAGGAACCACCCAUGCUGUUUAUUCGAUUUCCUGUACAUAUACUAAAUAAAUAAUGAAUAAGAUUUAUUUCAUUUAAUUAUAAUUGAAAAGAACGGUGGGCAUUUUUAAGGCUGAGACUACGGUGUUCAUGUUGGCAUAUUGCAGUGUUUGUUCUCCCUCUACACUAAUGACUGCACCUCCAAGAACUCGGCUGUUAAUCACCUGAAGUUUGCAGAUGACACCACCGUCAUUGGCCUCAUUCAGGAUGGUGAUGAGUCUGCAUACCGGCAAGUUGAGCGCCUGGUACUCUGGUGCAGUCAGCACAAUCUGGAGCUGAACAUGCUUGAGACUGUAGAGAUGACAGUGGACUUCAGGAGACAUCCCUCAACACUUCCUCCCCUCACCAUAUCAGGCAGCCCGGUGUCUACUGUGGAGAUCUUCAAGUUCCUGGGUACAACCAUCUCCCAGGACCUGAAGUGGGAGACCAACAUCAACUCCAUCCUCAAAAAGACCCAGCAGAGGAUGUACUUCCGG